AUGGCUCCGUGGAAUUUGAGAAUGAACGUGACCCCCCAGGCCAAUCUUUGUCUAAUAUCCGACCGACAUCCAUCAAUAAAGAGUGCUUACGAUGAUCCUGAAAAUGGGUGGCAGUUUCCUCCAUCUUCACAUGUUUACUGUUUCAGACACAUUGCACAAAACUUCAUGCGUGUGCUCAGAAAUAAAGAACUACGGAAAAAAGUUGUCAACAUGGGAUAUGCACUAACAGAGGCAACAUUUAACUACUACAGGGGAGAACUACGAAGAACAGAUAGAGCAGCUUUGGAGUGGAUAGACAAUAUUCCCAGAGAGAAGUGGUCGAGGGUGUUCGACGGAGGAUAG